ACAAGAAAACACUGCAGUUCCUCGUUGAACGUCUGUAGAACAGCAUCAGGUGGAGGGAUACCUGUCCCGUCGAAGGAAGUUUCUUUUGUGAAAAUCAGUUGAGACAUUUCAUCGCCUAAUCUUGUUCAGAUUAGAAUCGAGUUGCAGCUGACCGUAUCAGAGAAGAAAAAUGAAGUCGCUCGUGUAUUUUGUUGCUCUUGUGACGCUGUCGUUCGCCCAAUUUCAACCGCAACCCAGUGGUCGGAUUCUGGAAUCACCGAAUCCCGCACUUUGCGCACAGAGAAUCAUCCAUCAACGAUUCAAUGGAAAAGGCUAUUACUUUUCAUGGGCUGAUCCAAGAACGGCCGGGCAGGAAGUGGACUGGCUGUCGGGUAGAAACUUCUGUCGACAACGUUGCAUGGAUCUAGUCUCGUUGGAGACUUAUGCCGAGAACGAGUUCAUCAAGAGCCACAUGGUCCAAAACAAGGUGAAGUACAUCUGGACCUCCGGUCGCCUCUGUGACUUCAAAGGCUGCGACAGGCCAGAUCUGCAACCCCUUUAUAUUAACGGUUGGUUCUGGACCGCCGAGUUGCAAAAGUUAGCGCCCACCAAUGAACGCUCCCAAAAUGACUGGUCCGAGAGCGGCGGUAUCGGCAAGCCGCAGCCAGACAAUCGCGAGGCCAUUCAGGGCGGCGCUCCCGAGAAUUGCUUGGCUAUCCUCAAUCAAUUCUACAAUGAUGGAGUGAACUGGCAUGACGUAGCAUGUCAUCACAAGAAACCAUGGAUCUGUGAAGACAAUGAGUCUCUCCUGAGAUAUGUUCGUUUUACCAAUCCCAACAUUCGCAUAUAAUGGAAGAGGAAUAUCGUAGAAUAAUAGCUUUACUUUUGUUCAAAUGAAUUUAAGCACCUAUAAAAUCAUAAUGUUCAAAUGUGUGUCUACGCCAGAGAAGCGACUGAAUAGCCAUAUAGAACAUCUUAUUUAUUAUUAUUAUAAUGUUAUUAAUAAUAUUUCAUGCUUAUUCAACACUGUAGAGUAUGAAAUAUUUUAUUAAACUUGUAGGCAUUAUUUGAUUCCAGGAAAAAUUAACUAUUUAUAUUCUUAGAUAUAAUCCUAGACAUAGAUGGAAAAUUAUAUUUGAUAGAAUAGAAACUGCAGUUUGCACACA